UCUGCCUCGGACCCCCCCAGCCCCAGCUCGGAGGGAGCAGCCGCCUGCCCCCAUGACGGCUCUAGAGAGCAGCCCGGACCCCGAGAGCCUCCUCCCGGCCGGCUCCCGGCGCGCCUGCCCCUGUCGGAGCCUGGACUGGUGCCUGCUGCUGGCGCUGGGCGCCCUGGGCGCAGCGCUCCUGACGCUCGCCUUGUUCUCGGUCUGGAGGGUCCUGCCCCCGCCGCUGGAGACCCAGGAGCGUCCCCUCCACUCGCUCAGCAUAGGAAAGGGGGCUGCUGCCCAGGUAUUGCCCAAAAGCGAUGUAAUCAAGGACAGGAUAGUGGAGUUCAGUCAUGCCCCGGGUAUUGAUGGAGUGGUUUUCAGCUCCAACUUCAACGACCACGACAUCUCGGACAAGCUGGAAGUGAAGGUCAAAGGCCUCUAUUUUAUCUAUGCCCAGCUUGCUGUCAAAUGCAUUGCCAAGUGCAGCGAGAAGCAAACAGUGGAACUGAUCAUCAACAAGGUGUCCGGAGGCGCCCACAGCCGUGUUCUGACCAUCUCCCUGCACUUGUCCUCCAAGUCGGAAGAGACCAUGUCCAAGUUCUCGGCAGUUCUGCAACCCCUGAAAAAAGGCGACUCUCUCUACAUGAAGAUAGACACUAAUAAAACAGACCUUGAGAACUGGCAGCUAGACCAAACCAACAAAAAAGACAACUUCUUUGGCCUCUUUAGGCUACUUAGCUCUGAUGACCAAUAGGUGGGAGCAAGGACCUCUACGGUGGGAGUGGCAGUCAGUAUAUCGCCUUAGGUUCUCUUGGACUCUCUGCUAGAGGCUGUGAAGGGUAGAUUCCACCUAGCAAAAUGCCCAGGGUAACAAUCAGCAGCAGACACUGGGGAAACACGGGUGUGUUGCUAGCUCUGGAACAGCACCAUCGCUUUGAGUGGCGACAGCUGGUUUCCAUUCGAAGCAGGACUGAAACGGAAGGAACACUCUGUGAGGCGUGCGCUUGCCACACCAAAGAACUGGCGUGGUUCUGGUUUUUGCAAUCAGUGAUAUUUAUUAUGUGUUUCUUUAUCAUUCUGUAAUUUAUUGUAAGCAACUGGGAGAUUGAAUGAAUGGUGCUGCUUUUUUUUUUUUUAAAUUUGUGUGUGAGGGUUGCUCUAAAUGUUGAGAAGGACAGACACAUAUAUUUCCAUUGGGGCACACGGCAACCUUAAUAUUGACAUAGUAAUUCCCGUGACUGUCAGUAUUAUGAUUGUCCGCUCACUGCUGCACGUGUAUUAUGCCAUCCGUUUGGUCUUAUGGCGGCUAGGGUAUGGUGCUUAUCAGUGUGGUUUAGACAUUGUCCACUGCUGGCUGGCAUUGCAACUGCUCAGUCAUGUGUCAUAGGCCCUAUAUUGCUGAAAGCUACUGGAGAUUUUCUUUUAGUAGAAGUAGAUUGAGGCCUGUUCUUCUGGAGCAGGAAGGUCAGAUCUAUCUGAGCUUGUCACCAUGAAGCCCUAAGAGGCGACAGAUUUGUUACAAGAAUGUGUUUGCCUAAUUAUAUUUUGCAUUCUGUGACUGUCUGAAAAUGAAUAGUGUCAGCAGCUGUGUGCCCCCCCCAAAAAAAAUUUACUACUAAAAAUACAUGUAUGAAAUGCAUCUGUUUGAAACUUAAUUGGAAAGAGUCCGUUUAGAUUUUAAACAGCCUUCUGCGAUGCUCCUAAAAUUGGGUCUUACUCACCAGUGCAAUGUCUAGUCAAUUUCCAUUUCCUGGUUGUGGUGUUAGCUCAGGGUGGAAAUUGACUAGCUGGUUUCCACUGUACAAUCUGAGUGACAUGUAAACAGCGUAAAUGGGAUUAUUAAAAAAACAUUUCAUCCCUAAUUGUCACUAUGGCCAGGGGUCGCAACAGCUUUCACAGGAGUCUUCUUGAGUUAUUUAAGCAGACUGUGAUUAUUUUUAAAGCAAUUUAGAGAGGCUUAAAUUAGCAGAUACAACAGUUGCCAACUUUCAUGACUUUAUGAUGAGUCUUGGGAUAUUUAGUCCUUUUCUUAAAGCCCCAGGCUCUGGCGUCACGUGAAUGCAUCCAAGUCUCAGGAAUCGUUUUCAAAAAAAUCAAUCCUAGCUCUAGUUUGUGCAGAAAUGCUGGAAAAAAGUGGCCCUGAAAGGUGCAAAAUCCAGAAAACAAAUAAAAAGAAUUCCAAUUUUAUUUAUAUCUGUUUUAAAUCUGAUUUUUUUUUCAGCCAAGCUCACGAUUUUUGUGCAGCAUGACUUGCGAUAUUUUGAAUGCUUGGGACCAGUAACCCUGCAUAGAAUAACUACAAUCAUGCCAAUAACUUGACUUCAAACUGCACUUAUCAAAGGCUCGGGUCUAUCACUGCAAUAGCAUUACUCAGAGUAAGAUACUAUUCCGCACGCAGAAAGUGAGCAGUGCUGGCUCCUAAGUUGAGGCCCUGAUCUUUUUAUUAAAGGAGAUGAGACUGCAGCUUGCCUUGACUUCAGCUGGAGUUGGAGGGAUUUUGCACUUCUGGAAUAAAGAUUUCCAUAGCUUGCUUCUGUUCUGUUGCACUGAUGCUCUUCAGAACCCCUUAGAUAAAGCAACAGUGGUUCCAGACCUGUGUGUUUUUAAUACAAAACACCCAUUGUCUGGGAAAGCUUGUCUGACAUUCAGAUGUAUGUAUUUUCAUCCUCCAUACUGGGGUAUAUUUAAUAUGAUUUAAGUAUUUAUUAGCAGUACAUUUUUAUUUCCAACCAGUGGAUUAAUCCACAAGUACUAAGCUCAACUCAGUCAUGAGUGAGUUUAGAGGAGUAAUUUCUUAACCUUUUCCAUCCUUUACAAAAAGAAUCUAGGGAUUCCCUUUUUUUCUCAUCCUAAAGAGUGAGAAAGAGUGUAACCCCAUAGGCAGAGAACCUCUGAUUUUAGGACACUUGUUCUCUGGUGGCUGGAAAGAACUUGUUCUCAUUUAUUUAAAUAAGACCUGAACUAUGUGCGCGGGAAGAACUAAGACUCAGGUGUAUUAUUGUCAUAUAUGCUCUAACUUGUUUUGUAAAAAAACACUUCUGGAAUACAUAUGCUAUAUCUUUAGUAUGCACUUUAAAUUGCUUAUUUAUUUUGAUACAGCAGUUAAAAUGGACGUGUCCAUCAAUAAUAAACUAUUUAUACUCAAGA